ACUCUUUCCAAGAAAAAAUGAAAGAAAGAAACGGAUAGUAAACCCUAACCCUAAAACUGAUCAGACAAAAAUGGCGAGCCUCCCAUGGGAUAUCAUCGUCGACAUACUCGGUCGACUAUCCGUUAAGGAUUUGCUGCGAUACAGGUCAGUCUCCAAGCCGUGGUGCGCUUUAAUUGACGGUACUGAUUUCAUCAUGAUGCAUCUCAAGAACUCCGUGGAAACCGGCUCCAAUCUCGGCGUCGUCAUCAGGUACUGCGACCUGUACUGGGUCGACCUCGACUCGCUCGACUCGGCUGUGAAACUCCGAAAUCCAAUCGCACGACCAGGCGACGGGACUGAAGUUUUGGGUUCUUGCCAUGGAUUGUUGGCUCUCUUGAAUGUCAACAACGAGUUGGCUAUCUGGAACCCGUCAACUAGAAGGUACAGGCGAAUAGCCGAUACUGAAUUUGAGGCCCCUGAUGACAAUUUACCCUGUAUUCAGUUUAUAGUCUAUGGAUUUGGGUAUGACCCCAUUGGCAAUGACUAUAAGUUGGUGAGGAUGGUGCAGUUUUAUGGGGACAAUGGUCAAGAUUCUUUUGAUUCUGGGGUUAAGAUUUAUAGUGCGAAAUUGAAUACGUGGAAGAGAAUUAGGGAUUUUCCUUAUUACUUACGUUACAAGCGUGGAUUUGGUGUUCUUUCCAACAAUGCUUUGCACUGGGUAGUGUCUACAAAGCCUUUGUCUGAUGUUUCGAACUUAGUUUUUGCGGUUGAUCUUGUGACUGAGGAAUAUCGCGAGGUGCCACUGCCGGAGUUUGAGGGUGAGGGCUGUCGCAUGGAUGUGGAGGUUUUGGGAGGGUCUCUUUGCUUGCUUUGUAAUUAUGGACCGGACGGUCCUGAUGCCGAUUGGGGAAGCACCUCGGACUAUGUUGAUAUGUGGAUGAUGAAGGAAUAUGGAGUUAGGGAGUCUUGGACUAAGUUUUGUACUGUGGUGCCUUCGGAUGGGAUUGGCUCUUUCAGUUAUGUGUUCCCUAUUGCCUACUUGAGGAGCGGUAAUCAAGUUCUCAUGAAUAAGAAUGAUAUGAAAUUUGUAGUAUAUGACUUGGAAAGUGGAAAGGCUUGGAAUAAGAAUAUUUCUGGUGCUCCUCGUGAUAUGGAAACAGAAUUAUGUGUUGAAAGCCUUGUGAGACUUGAUGGUAGUGGAGAAUUUGGUUGGAUGCUGGGAGAAGAAGAUAAGAAAAAGAAGAAGAAGAAUCAAGAGCAGAGUAAGAAGAAGCAGAGGGAUGAUUUCCUAUCACAAGGAUUCAAAUUGGUGUUAUAGAUAAGCUGAGGAAAGUAUAGAUUACUCGAGAGGUAUAUGUUAGAAUGAUUGCUUACCAGCUUGCUUAUAGAGCCUUAAAAUUU